CUCUUUGUAUAUACAAAUUUGUGACAAUUUUUCUGUUCAUUCAUCUUUAAUAGAAAUGUUAUCGCAGUACAGAUAUAAAUAUACAUUAAAUUAUGCAAAUCACUGUGAAAAUCACGUGUCACGAGUAUUUAAUGAAGUUUAUGAUCUCAAUAUGUUAAGAGCCAAUUGCUCGUGGACUCGUGGACUUUGACCUCUUACUUGCCAAACAAGUGUUAAAGCCAUCAUUUCUUCUCGAUAUUUUACAGAGUCAAGCCACAUAUAAUAAUCAUGUCAGACACUGUUAGCCCUAUUAAAUAUUUUCUAAGCGGUGGAUUUGGAGGAGUAUGUUGUGUGGUAGCUGGUCACCCUCUGGACACCAUAAAGGUACGACUUCAGACCAUGCCCAUACCAAGACCUAAUGAACUACCUCUGUACUCUGGUACAUGGGAUUGUGCUAAAAAAACAGUUACUAAAGAAGGACUACGUGGUUUAUACAAGGGUAUGGCUGCACCAUUAUCUGGUGUUGCUCCAAUAUUUGCUAUAAGUUUUUUCGGAUAUAGUGUUGGAAAAAAACUGCAACAAAGUGUUCCAGAUGAAAAACUCACAACAUUGCAAUUAUUUUAUGCCGGUGCUUUUAGUGGAAUAUUUACGACAGUUAUAAUGGCACCUGGUGAACGCAUCAAAUGCCUGUUACAAAUACAACAUGCAGAUGCUAAACCAAAAUAUAAUGGACCUGUGGAUUGCGCAAAUCAAUUGUAUCGAGAAGGAGGCAUUAGAAGUAUUUACAAAGGCACCUGUGCUACAUUGUUAAGAGAUAUUCCAGCUAGUGGAAUGUACUUUUUGACAUACGAAUAUUUAAAGGACCGAUUCACUCCUGAAGGAGGGAAACUGAGUUUACUGGCUACCAUAGCAGCUGGCGGCUUUGCGGGCAUUGCAAACUGGUUGGUAGGGAUGCCACCUGACAUUUUGAAAAGUCGUUUACAAACUUCACCAGAAGGCACAUACAAACGCGGCAUACGCGAAGUGUUUGUUAAACUGAUAAAAAACGAGGGACCACUAGCUCUUUAUAAAGGCGUCGUACCUGUAAUGCUACGAGCUUUUCCUGCGAACGCAGCUUGUUUCAUGGGCUUCGAGAUUUGUAUGAAGUUUUUGAACUGGAUCGCACCAAGCUUAUAAGUUGCGCGAUAGAAUUUUUUGUGGGAACAUCUCGCUUCUCAAUGUUCCCGUUUUAAGCUGCGAUUCAAUAGAUGUAAAGCGAUUAAUUUUAUCGCGGCAGAAAUAAAUAGCAUAAGUUUAUUCUUGCCUCGCAGCUAUCUGAAAGAUAAAUCUGAAACAGAUGAUAUAGGUAUUAGAAUUAUUGAAAAUGUGUGAAUAAGAUAGUCUCAUUGUAUGUAUGUAAGGGAAAUUACAUCCAAAAUAGGUUUUUUGCAAAUUUACUAUAUAGGAUUUAAUAAAUAUAAACAAAUGGAAAGUAUAACAUCAGGGAAUAAAACUUAUUUUGUAUUGAGUUUUAUCAAAUUAAAAAAUAUAUAUAUAUACAUAUCGCAUCACGAAUUGUGAUAAUAAUUCCUAAGAUGCAUGUUGAAAGACUGUUUUUAAUAAUCAUGGUAUAUGGUACAAACUUCUAUAUUGAUGUUAUAAAUAUAUUGUAUAUUAUACAGCUUGAAUAUAAAACUUUAUUAACAUUAACGUAACAGUAUAUAUAUAUAUAUAUAUAUACAUUAGUUACAUUCGUAUUAUUAAACAUCAUAUUGCAUAUUAGGAAAUGUAAAAUCAAGAUUAUAAUGGAAAUAUAAUAUUUUAUACAAGACUUCUGAGGGAAGAUCCUAUAUACAUAUAACAAACAAAACUGAUGUAUAAUAAAUAUAUAGAUAAUAAAUAUGUAGAUAAAUAAUCCAACAGAUUUUAAUCUGAUUUGCCAGAAAAAUGUAUGGACGCACAAAAUAAAAACUUAUUCUGUUA